AUGACUGAUCGUAAUUCUCAGAUUCGUGCUACAUUAAAUACAAAACUGAUGGAAAGUGGAGAACGUGAACAAAUGAAACAACUUUUACGACAAAGAUUAAUUGAAUACGGUUGGAGAGAUCAAAUGAAAUCAUAUUGUAAAGAAAUCGUGAAACAAAAAGGGUUAGAAAAUAUCACUGUCGAUGAACUUGUUCAAGAAAUAACACCGAAAGGCAGAGCUCUUGUUCCUGAUACGAUUAAAAAAGAAAUGCUUGCAAGAUUAAGACAAUAUUUAUCAAAACAUGAUGAUAUCUAA